UCUCCGCCGUACCACGUGCCUGCAAGAUCUGCAGACUAAAUUUUUGGGUGGCGCAGGCAGGGAGCAAACGCAGAUCAACAAUGAGAACUCAGAAAUUUGCACCCUCUCUUCUCCUUCUUCUUCUUCUUCUUCUCCUCACCUUCUUCCUUCUCACCCAAUCUGAGGUUAUAACCUUAACCUCUGACACUUUCUCUGAUAAGAUCAAGGAGAAGGAUACUGCGUGGUUUGUGAAAUUCUGCGUUCCCUGGUGCAAGCAUUGUAAGAAUCUGGGUUCGUUGUGGGAUGAUUUGGGGACGGCUAUGGAAGGAGAAGAUGAAAUAGAGAUUGGAGAAGUGGAUUGCAGCACGGAAAAACCAGUCUGUUCCAAAGUUGAUAUUCAUUCAUAUCCUACCUUUAAGGUUUUCUAUGAUGGCGAAGAAGUUGCCAGAUACCAAGGUACAAGGGAUGUUGAAUUAUUGAAAACCUUUGUUUUGGAAGAAGCUGAAAAGGCAGCAGCAAAAGCACAGCUUGACAGCGAUAAAGAAUUAUAACAACUUUUGAGUACGUCAUCACCUGGAUCGUAACCAGGUCUUUAUUGCAGACUCCAGGCCGUGCUCAUACACCUUGGGGUAAGGCUGGUUUUAGCGAAGAACUACUCUGCUCUGUUCUGAUCAGCAUUUAUUUGUGUGACACUGUGACCACACAGUUGUGAGUUUAGGACUAAUUUUGUACACUAGCACUUUUUGUUACUUUCAAUCUACAAAACUGAUAGCAUCUUAUUCACUCUAAAGUUUCAAUUCGACAGCCAUUGAUGUUUAAUCAGGCAUCAUGCCAUGCUUCAGGAUUUGUUUUAUAUCAUUCCAUUUCUUGAAUGCUCAAAAUGUUGUAUUUUAUGGAACCGGCUUAAGAAAUUAUGUUACGUCA